GAGGCUGUUAUUAUACACACGAUAUUCAUAUAAAAAGAGAAAAAAAAAUAAUAAUAAUUUAAUCAUCUAUUCUUUGAAUUAUAUUAUUAGUUUAAAAAAAAUGAGUGGAUUAUACGAUUUUGCUGCUGGUAACAUUAAGAAGGCUGUUGGUAGUGCAGUUGGUAAUAGUCAAAUGCAAAAUGAAGGUGCUGCUCAAUGCUCUCAUGGUAAAGCUCAAGGUGAUAACUGUGACACCUGUAGAGAGACUAGAGGUACUGCUCAAAGUGCUAAGGAUAAAGCCUCUAAUGCUUUUGGUUAUGGUAACAAUACUAAUACCGAACAAAACAUUCCUCAAGACCCUAUGAAUCAAUUCUCAACUGGUCAAACCAACACUACCAGUCGAUACUCUACUGGUAGAUCAAAUGCUGGUCAGUCUGGUCUCUAAAGAGGUUUCACCAGAUAUUCAUCGAUUUUGUUUUAUUUAUAAAACGAGAUAUUUUCAAGAUUUAUGGGUUAAUUUAGCUUUAUUUUUAAUAUCUUGAAUAAUUAAAAAUCUAUAUUUUGCUCAACUCUGAGUAAACAAUA